AACAAUCAGGACAAUCAGACAACUCCAACCAGCAAGGAGACACAGACGUCAAGCCGCCGGCCAACGGCCACUUGAGUUUCCAGGACUGCUUCGUGACUUCAGGCGUGUGGAACGUAGCCGAGCUGGUCCGCGUGUCGCAGACCCCGGUGGCGACAGCGUCAGGCCCAAACUUCUCCCUGGCCGACCUGGACAGCCCUGGAUACUACAACAUCAACCAGGUGACCCUGGGCCGGCGCUCCAUCACCUCCACCCCCUCCACCAGGACUGAAAUGGAGCUUUAUGCAAGUCUCCCACGGAGCUCCAACAAGCGCAAGUCCAUUGACGACAGUGAGAUGGAGAGCCCGGUGGACGAUGUCUUCUACUCGGGCCGCUCCCCGGCGGCCGGCAGCAGCUCUCAGUCCAGCGGCUGGCCUAACGACGUGGAUGCAGUGCAGCACCAUUUGGCCAGUGUGCAGGAGAGGAAGAUUAAGCAUGAGAACGAUGGAGUGCAGUUUCCUUACCAUGGACUGUCAGCGCCUGGUUCUCUUAAGAAGCCGGGGAAAUUCGAUUUCAGCGCCCUGUCCUCCCAGACGAGGCCCCCCCGCAUGGCGUUCUCCCACCACCCACUGCCAAUGCUGGCGGGAGUGAGACCAGGGAGUCCCCGUGCGUCGGCCUCGGCCCUGCACUUCCCCUCUCCCUCCAUCAUCCAGCAGUCCAGCCCCUACUUCACCCACCCGACCAUCCGCUACCACCACCACCCGGGACAGGACCCCCUGAAGGAGUUCGUGCAGUUCGUCUGUGCUGACGGUUCGGGGCAGGCCGCUGGACAGCCAAACGGGAGCGGCCAGAGCAAAAUGCCGGGCUCCUUCUUGCUGCCUCCACCUCCCCCAGUGGCCCGCCCAGUGCCCCUCCCCAUGCCCGACUCUAAACCCAACAGCACGCCCCCUGACGGCGGACUCCACUCGCCCGCAUCUCCGUCAUACUCCACGUCAGGCGCCUCAGCUCCCAACAGGUUUGUCGGCAUCGGAUCACGGGACAACAACUUUCUGAACAUCCCGCAGCAGACGCAGUCUUGGUUCCUCUGACAAGAUCUGUGCACAAACCAGCAACUAGUAUUCUUUCUUUACAAUCAGAAAAAGCAAACAGAGAAACAACCCGCAGGAUGAUUAAUUGUCCUCCAACCCCCCCACCGCCCCACCGCCCGCC